UUCCCCCAGAAUUGAAAUCGGAAAUUUUGAGCUACUCUUGGACACAAUCUACACUAAAAUCAUGUACCACAUUGUCAGUUUUGUUGACACUGAAGAAGUGGAGGUUGUGCCUGUAAUCUGGGUGAAGAGUGGUGUGUGUUUAUGGCCUCCAUACAAAGGUGAAAGAGUUCAGAGGGCAGCCAAGUGUUUGGAGCAACCCCAGGAGUCUUGGUCUGCAUAUAAAGUAAAAAUAAUGUAUACUACAAAUAAUUAUAGUGAAGCAUGCCGGAAGCUACCUCUUGCAGAACAGCAGACCGAUCUCCAGUUAGAGGCUGUGCCUGACUCCCUGAUGCCACCAAAAUGCAAAAUAAAACGAGACAGGUGUCUACUGGAUGAUUAUGACUGUGAUGAGGAGACUACCACACCCCUAAAAAACAAUUUACCACAAGCCCCUCAAAUACAGCCACUGUCCAAAAGGAUUUGUUCAGCUUCUAAUGAGCUACAACCAAGUCCUCUAGGACAAAGUCAAAAUCAAUCCCCGGGUGUGACACAGAUUGCAGAAACUUCACGACCAUCCUUGUUGGAGAUAAGUCCUGCCUCCGAGUGGCAUGAAAAUACUCUGCUGCCUCACCAGAUUUCCCAGCAGCCGUGGCAAACAAGAAGUUCUGACAGAGCAUCACAAGACAUCACAGAACCUAACAGUGAACUGACAUGGCCACAGGACACAACUGUACAGUCUCCCGAGCAGCCGGCACAGUCACCGUGGCAUCAUGAAACACCCAGACCCCAGAGAAAAAGCCUCUCGAGCUAUGACCCAUUCAUAACCUCACUUCUCCAUGACAUAUUAACUAAACAAGAAAUUCUUCUGGAGCAGCAGAGGAAGAUUAUGAGGAUGGUGCAAGAUCUCAAAGCAAACAAUGUUUCUGAGAUCACAGAGGCUAACCAUUUAAGUCCAAAACAAUGUCCAGUUGAAGAUUUGAGGUCAUUAACUUCCCUGGAAAGUCCGGAAACAAGACUAAAAGUGGAAACAUACAGUGAGAGCGGAGAAGAUGAAAUGGCAUACAAGGAUGAAGAAUCCUGUCCGGUACAAAUAGGAAAUCAACGGGCACCAAAGAUGGGCAAACCCUGUGGACCUACAUGUGGAAAGAAAUGUACAGAGAAGAUCCCGCAUGUUCAAAGAAAAGAAAUAUUUGACGCCUAUCAGGACAUGUCACACAGCGACAAAUGGGCUUUUGUAUUUCACUCAGUUACCCAAUCACUGAAAACACGUCUCACGACGGGAGGUCCCAGCAGACGCAACAAGACUUUUCAGUAUCAUCUAAAUAACAGCCUCGGGCGACCUCAAGAUGUUUGCAAAACCUUCUACCUAACCACACUGGGAUACCACCCAAAAAACGACAGAGUGAUUGUCAGCGUGACAGGCAACACAUCCGGUGCCGUUCCUCCUCCAGACCGCAGAGGGCGACACCCACCUGCCAAUAAAAUAGAUCUGUCGCCAAUUUACCAACACAUUGAAUCGUUCAAUCCAACUAUCAGUGACUAUAAAUGUGAACACGCUGAAAGCAGACGAUGUUUACCAAGCAAUGUAACUGUCAUGAUGAUGUACAAAGACUUUAAAGGCAAAAGUUCAACUGCGUGUUCAUAUGAAACCUAUAGGAAAGCCAUAAAAGACAUGAAUAUAGGUUUCAGGAAAUUGAGCACGGAAGAGUGCAAAGAGUGUCUGGAACGCGGUAUUCACAUUAAGACUGAGCAUCUCUAAAGCAAACUAGAAAAUAAACGCUGUGCCUGUUGUCACACUGUGCUAAAUUUAAAAUAAGAGCAUGAUUUCACUCGACUUUGUAUAUUAUUUCUGCGGCAAAAGUUUUGGCUACAUUUUACACCUCAGUGACCCAUACAGAUGUUUAUGGCCCCAAUAUACUUCAAACGAAGUUCUUCAUUUAGGGGCAAAAAGUUUGAAAAGGCUGAGCCGACGGUAUACUAUUUUUGAACGUUUCAACACCCUCGCGCUGCUGGAGGCGGGGUGUAGAUUAAUGUGAAUAUGUCGCGCCGCUCGUGCGUAUCCCCUAAACACAACAAUAAAUGCCUUCUCUGAAUCUUUAAAGUCCCUCCGCGAGCGAUCGUACAGGUGCAGAAACAUUUGUUCCAGCUCAGCUAUUCGAGCAAUGAUCAACGAUCGUAUACAACGAUCGAUCGGCUCGGCGCAGCACAGCGCAAACAACCAACACCUGGUUAUUUUAGGCAAUUAAGGCCAUGUCCACACG